UCCCGUUAUUUUACGCUUCCCGCCAUUUCUGCGCCUCCUCGACGACAGUGUCAGGGUUUACGCAUCUUCAUCCGGCUCAUUGAUUUGGGAAUGUUAGAAAGCGUUCCUGGGUUUGGAGAGGAGAAAGGGCCAGGGAAGUGAUGGGGAUCCAGGGUUUGCUGCCGCAGCUGCGAUCAAUCAUGCAGCCUAUCCAUGUGCAGGAUCUUCGCGGGCAGACCGUGGCGGUGGAUACUUACUCCUGGCUUCACAAGGGCGCUAUCUAUUGCAGUCUCCAGCUUUGCAAGGGCAUACCUACCACUAAGCAUAUUAAUUAUUGCAUGCAUAGGGUCAAAUUGUUGCAACAUCAUGGUGUCAAACCUAUUCUUGUGUUUGAUGGAGGGUUCUUACCAAUGAAGAUAGACCAAGAGACCAAGCGUGCAAGGAAGAGGAAAGAAAACCUUGAACGUGCUAUGGAACAUGAAGCAGCUGGUAACUCUGUGGCUGCUUUUGAUUGUUACCAAAAAGCAGUGGAUAUAUCACCUUCUAUAGCUUUUGAGCUGAUUAAGGUGCUAAAACAGGAAAAGGUUGAUUAUGUUGUAGCGCCUUAUGAAGCUGAUGCUCAAAUGACGUUUUUAUCCAUGUACAAGCAUGUUGAUGCAGUCAUUACCGAGGACUCCGACCUGAUACCAUUUGGUUGCUCCAGAAUCAUCUUUAAAAUGGAUAAGUUUGGUCAAGGCGUUGAAUUUCGGAGCUCAUUGUUAGAUCAAAAUAAAGACCUUGAUUUUACUGGUUUCACUAAACAGAUGAUACUUGAAAUGUGCAUUUUUAGUGGUUGUGAUUAUCUACCAUCGCUGCCAGGUAUGGGACUGAAAAGGGCACAUGCACUCAUCCGAAAAUAUAAAAGCCAUGAGAAGGUGACCAAACACUUGAGGUACAGUGGUAUCUCUAUACCACCUGUUUAUGAAGAAUCCUUUAAGAAAGCAGUUUGGGCAUUUCAGCAUCAGAGAGUAUAUGAUCCAGAGAAGGAAUGCAUAGUACAUCUAUCAGAUGUUCCUCAGGACAUAGGAGAAGACCUGGACUUUUUGGGGCCUUGGUUGCCUCCAGAUGUUGUGAAAGGCAUAGCCAAAGGAGAUCUUGAUCCAUUGACAAAAGGACCAUUCCAGGUGGAAACAUCAAGCUCAGUGUUGGUUGUUGAUAAGGCAUUUGCAAUGGAAAAUUCUGAGACUAUAGGCAGAAGAAAAAAGCUAGAGUUACCUGUACAGAAAAAUGUUUUGACUAAUUACUUCUGCUUAGCUUCUAUUCAAGCUAAGCGGAAAUUCAGGGCCCCGAAAUUUACGCCUAAGGUCUUAAUGAAAUCUUCUUCUCCGUGCUCUAGUAAUCCUGAUUCUGAUUCAACCGGUUCAGAUGAAAUGCCUCUUUCUUCUACGACAGACCGAUCACAAGACUUCCUGCUUAAUUCAGGGCAUUCAAAUGAUAAACUACCGGGAACACCUUCUAUGGAAGAUAGACCGACCAAUAGAUGCAAUAAGUUUUUGGGGUUUCCCUUGCAUGGAAGUUAUGUUGGUAAAAGAUGCCCCAGUCCAUUGCAGGAAUCAUUUCAAAAUGCUGUCAACCCAAAGUCACAUGAACAUGGAACCGAGCUAAAAUGCACAAGUCUAGAAAAUAAAUCAGUGAAACGAAUUGUCAGUACGAGCCCCUUUUUCAGUGAUAACUCAUUAAACGAAGUUGCUACCGUGGAUCAAAAUAUACUUUCGUGCAAGAAUAAAGAAGAUGGCACUGUUGUUUUGAAUGAUCAUCCAGUUUCUUUGGGUGAACCAAAGCGGAUUAGCUUCCUGGAAACUUCAAUCAAGAAAAGAAAGACUGCUCAUCCUUUUGAUUUGGAAACUCUUCCACUGCAAAAUGUAAAAUCAACUCCUGCCAUUGCUGGUCAAGGCAACAAAGAUGAGAACAGCAAGAGCUUCGGGCGUGACAUUUCCCAUGUGAACGACUACUGUGGCAUAGCAGAGAAAUCUAUGGAGAAGUUUGUUUCGCUCAUGAAUUCUUUUAGGUACAGUUCAUCAGGUUCACGUGCCAGUGGUCUUCGUGCUCCUCUGAAGGAUGUGAGAAAUACAUGCUCCAUGAGGACGAACAAAGCUGCUGUUGAUUUCAGUGAAUUUUCCUAUAAGCCAAGAAAAAAUACUGCUCGAGUUGUCUCAUCGCCAUCCAAAUUUGAUUGAUAUCUUAAAUCAAAAUUGAUAUAUUUUUUUUUCUACUUUGAUCUCAUCACGUGGAAUUGUAAGCUUUUGUUGUAACCAAUCUGUUGUAUUGUACAAUAAUAUUUGCAUUGCCUCAUGCUGGCUGCCUUCGUUGUUUUAUUCAAAUUGGCUGCUUGUGUAGCAGAACAAGUAUUUGCUUUGUUUUUUGCUCUGAUUUUCUUUUUCAUGGGGCAAUAAUACAAUUUUUUCUAUAUC